CUCGACCAUUCUAAGCUGAACAGGAUUGGCGCCUCUUCCCUCCUGUUUAUUCCCGCCCCGAGAAUUUACCAACAUUGCUGCUAAUUACAGCACCGAGACCAUACUAGUGGUCUCUUAUGGCUAUAGCCAUACCCUCCAUCGCCAAGCGGUAACUGUCUCAACUCCGCUUCGAGCUACUCCGUCACCAUGGAAGCAGUACAGAAGGAGCACGAACGGCUUUCAAAGAGGCUGAAAGCCUCCCAGAGUAUCAAAAAUGUCCAGUCGACUAUAGAUAUUCUUCAAGAAGCACGGAACGCCAUUGCAUCUGAUCCGGAACAAGCCCCGAUUACCUUGGCCAAACUCCAAAAUCCCGUGAAAUCCUCCUUCGAUGCGAUAAAUGACAGCCUCAAAGAGACUCACAGUUGUCUCAACAAAUACUCCAAAUCUCUCGAUAAGCUUUUCAAGGACAGACCUCUCCCAAGUACCGAACAUGAUGCUCUGGCAUCGCAAGAACACCUGAUCAACCGGGCCAUCGCAAUGCACCUCCUGCGGGAGGGACAGUUCUCCGUCGCUUCUACAUUCUUGUCCGAGAUGGCGGACGCAAAGACACUUCAGCAGCAGGGGCGAACCAGUUCCCGCGUUCCGCAAAAUGCCGCCUCGCUCCUUGACCUCGAGGAAGUACCCUCGAGCGAGGUUCGCAAGCAGUUUGCCACCAUGUACUACAUCCUGCACGAAUUGGAGCAGAACAAGAACCUGCUCCCCGCGAUCCAAUGGGCCCGGGACAACAGAGAGGCCCUUGAAGUUCGAGGUAGCAACCUUGAAUUCGAGCUGUGCCAAUUGCAGUUCGUAUGGCUCUUCCAUGGCGGACAGACUCCAGAGGCCCCACUUUCCGCGGGUCGGCAAGCGGCUCUGGAGUACGCCAGGCGUGAAUUCCAUGGCUUUAUGCCGCGAUACUUGCGGGAGGUGCAGCAGCUCAUGGGAGCGAUGGCCUUCUGUCCCAACCUUCAGGAAUCCCCGUAUAAGAGUAUCUUCACCAACCCGACCGCAUGGAACGACGUGGCACAAGCGUUUACACGCGAGUUCUGCUCGUUGCUUGGGCUGUCUGCGGAUUCUCCCUUAUAUGUUGCCGCGACGGCCGGUGCGAUCGCCUUGCCCACGCUACUGAAACUACAGACUAUCAUGAGGGCGAAGCGCACCGAAUGGACGACGGAGAAUGAGCUUCCGGUUGAAAUACCGCUUCCACCGUCAUACCUUUUCCAUUCGAUCUUCGUCUGUCCCGUCUCCAAAGAACAGACCACGGACGAGAACCCGCCGAUGAUGAUGCCCUGUGGGCACGUGAUUGCCGAGGAAUCCCUCAAACGGUUGUGCAAGGGCAGCCGCUUCAAAUGCCCUUAUUGUCCCAACGAGAGUCACCCUCGCGAAGCGAGAAAGGUCUUUUUGUAGAACCCGAUCCACCCAACCACGGUAAUUAUUUGAUGGCGUCAGAGACAGCGGAUCUCCACACAUGAUUGAGUAAGCAUUUGACGGUGAAUGGUCCUGGGAAUCACGGGCGUCAGGACAUGAGGCGUUUCAGGCAAGGCGUUUUCUCGGGCAAAUCUAUCUAGGUACUUUAUCAGCUAUACAUAUCCAUAUACAUGCACAUAAG